AUGGAAUUGAUUUUGAAUAAACAAUUUUUUUCAAAUCGAUCAUUGUGUUUAUUAGUUUUCUUUAUAUUUAUUUCAACAAUAAUUAUUUAUUCAAAUAAAAAUAAUAUAUUUAAAUAUAAAUUAAAUAAGACAUUAAAUAAGACAAGUAGAUAUCCUUAUAUAGCAUUAAUUGUUGAUGAUAGAGCAAAUCAAUUAGUUAUUAAUGCAGUAAAUAAUGUUUUAGAACAUAUUCCAAUUGAUUGGAAAGUUCAAAUAAUGACAUUAUAUGAACAUUGGUCAUAUUAUAAUAAAUCUUCUCUUAAUCAAUAUAUUAAAAGUGAUCGUGUUUUAUUAACAAGACUUAAUCAAUCAUCAAAUGGUUUAUCAAGUGAUGAAUAUAUUAAUUCAAUAUUAACUUCUUCAUCAUUUUGGCAUCAAAUAUACGGUGAUAAAGUAUUAUUAUUUCAAAUAGAUUCUGUUCUUUGCUCAAAUUCUUCAUAUAAUUUAACAAAUUUUUUACAAUAUGAUUUUAUUGGUGCACCAUGGUAUCUUGGUGGUUGUUGUAAUGGUGGACUUUCAUUAAGAAAUCGAUUAAAAAUACUUGAAUUGAUUGAAAGUAAUAAAUAUCAUUAUAGAUUACAUGGAAUAAAUGAAGACGGAUGGUUUACUGAACAUUUAUCUUAUGUUAAUGGUUAUGUUGCACCUGUUUCAAUUGCAAAAAAAUUUUCAGUUGAAACUAUUUAUCAUCCUCGACCAUUUGCUGUUCAUAAACCUCAUAUAAAUACAAUAGGAUUAAAUAAUAUGAAUCAUCUAUGUAAUGAAUGUCCGGAAGUUCGAAUGAUUGUUUCUUACUGUGAAAAAAACAUGAAAAAUAUAAAUACAACUUCUUAA